GGGAACUCAGUUGUGCCCUAGCCGACAACAGCUCAACACACCACGUACCAGUGCUCAGGAGAUAAUCAAAUGCCGGUCGGCGUCGAUAUAGACUUCCAAGAUCUCAGUUUUACUGCAGGUCGAAGAAAGAUAAUAAAAUGCAUUUCUGGAAAAUUCAAAGCGGGAGAGCUCUCCGCCAUUAUGGGCCCUUCUGGCGCUGGGAAAUCCACCCUGAUGAACAUCCUUGUUGGUUACGUAACAAGUGGAGUAUCCGGGCAAAUCAGGAUAAAUGGAGAACCAAGGAAACUAGCUGUGUUCAAUAAAAUGGCCUCUUACCUUCUUCAAGAAGAUCUCCUUCAGCCCUUCCUAACAGUGAGGGAGGCCAUGACGACUGCGGCCCACCUCAAGCUCGGCAUGCAGCUAUCAAUCAAAGAAAAAAAUAAUAAGAUUGAAGAAAUCUUGGCGACAUUGGGUUUGAAAUCCUGUGCAAAAACAUUCUGUGAUAAAUUAUCAGGUGGUCAACGGAAAAGAGUAUCAGUGGCAUUAGAAUUAGUCAGUGAUCCACUUGUCAUAUUCCUGGAUGAACCAUCAACAGGUUUGGAUGUUGUUUCAACGAAUCAAACACUACAACUAUUAAAACUGCUCGCAAGUCAAGGAAGAACUGUAAUCUGCACGAUUCAUCAACCGACUGCGACCCUUUUCCAUCAGUUUGAUAAUGUAUACAUGGUUGGCAGUGGAAAAUGUAUAUACCAGGGAGAGCCUUCGCAGCUAGUAUCAUUUUUGUCCAACUUGGGUUACGAGUGUCCGGAAACCCAUAACCCAGCAGAUUAUGUGUUUGAAGUAUUAUCACCAGAUCUCAUAAAUAACAUGGCGGAGGAGAUGCAGAAUGGAAAACUGGUUUGGUUGGACCAAAAAUCACAAACCUUAGAGCAAGCAAGCCGGGAUGAUCUAGUCUUACCCAACUCUGUAGAUCUGAACUUUGCAGUCCCGUUUUGGAUGCAAUUUCGACUCCUAUUAUCUCGAAUGAUGAUCCAGAAGCGAAGGCAUAAAGGCGGACUUUGGCUACAGGUCAUACACCACAUUUUUUCUGCUCUUCUAAUCGGAUGUAUAUUUCAAGGUGUUGGGCAAGAUGCAAGAAGACCUUUUGAUAAUUUCAAGUUUGUCCUUUGCGUCAGUGUAUUUUUCAUGUACACACAUUGUAUGGUUCCUGUUCUUACAUACCCAAUCGAUGUCAAAAUAAUGAAAAGAGAAUUCUUCAACCGAUGGUACAGCUUAAAGGCUUACUACUUAGCAAAAACUAUCUCAACAAUUCCUCUUAUUCUGGUUUUAGGAUUUAUGUUUACGGUGAUAGUAUACAUAAUGUCUGAUCAACCAAUGGAACUAAAAAGAUUUGCAUGGUUUGCGCUGAACUGUUCCUUGAUAGCUCUGACGUCUGAAGGAUUGGGAAUACUCAUCGGUUUCAACUUUAACUGUACGAAUGGUACAGUAGUUGGACCAUCAACAAUGGCCCCAAUAUUGAUGUUGUCAAUGCACGGAAUGGGUUACGGACAGACGAUAGGACCUCUGAUGUAUUACAUAAUGAAAGCCAGCUAUCUCAGAUUCGGUCUUGUGUCCAUUAUUACAGCACUUUAUCUUGAUAACAGGGUAAUGAGGUGCUAUGAGGAUGAAGAUCCCUACUGUUACUACCGUGAUGCAAGGCUUCUAGUACGAGACUUAGCAAUGGAAGGAGACGUUACCGUAAACCAAAUGUUGGGCCUUGCUUUCUAUUGCGUUAUUUUUAGGGUAGCAGCUUUCUUCAGCCUCAGGUACAGAACUACAACAGAGUUCUCCAACACCGUACUUGUAUACAUGAUGAAAAUCAUUAAGAAGAAAUGAAUGCGAUCGAAUAUAAAAUAAAAAAGAAAAACACUAAUUCCAAUAAGAUGCGAACUUCUCAACAGUUGAAGAGAGUAUAAAUGAGAGUAAAUUGGAAAACCAUAGAUAGCUUUUUCCAGGAAAUGAUCGGAGUACAAGUGCAUAUUAGUUGCAGAACAAUAAGAACAAAUCCUAUGUAUCGUUUCUUGGUAGUUUUAAGUUUCUAUUAGUAUUUUUUUAUAUUGUACAUAUUUAAAUACUUUUUGUAUAUGUUAUUCGAAAAUGGUGGCAAUGAUUUGAUUAUAAAAAAUUUGCCAAAUCUGAUAAUAUUUUAAUUUAUUAAAAAUCUUAUCAACCAAGAUUACUUUUCUCUAUGCCAAGCAUAGAGAUAUUUCAGUGAAAAAAAUUAAUAACAACAAAUAUCUGUAAAUAAAUUAUUAAGUGCAUUUGUUAAUCAACGAGUAUGUAUUUUCCCAGUCUGUUAUAGAAUAUUGUAGUGAUAUAGGUUAGAAAACUUGCAGUAUUUUUUCUUUUAAUUGAUAUUUUCUUUUGUAAACUUUGUUCUUUAUGUUUUAUUUUGUUUUCUGAACCUAUUGUGAUAACUGUGAUUAUGGAUAGGUAAUUGUUAUAUUUCUAAAAUAUAUUUAUAUAUUUACAA